GGUAAGGGGGCGGAGUGACAGAUUUAUCCCGACCACGUUCCUGCAAGCGCGAGCUGUGUUGUGUAGGGUGUCCCGGAGUCAGCUGCGGCGUGUCAUGCUCGGGAACCGGGAGCCAGAAGAGCUUCGUCAGUGGCUUUCUAUGCAAAGUUGUUCUGGAAUCCCCGAUCCCAGCUCCAAGCCUUAGUGGAGGUCACCGCUGUCUGUCAAUUCAUCAGUGGCCCGGCGUGCCAGGCGGAGGACAAAGUGGCGGUGUUGGAGUGUCACAGGAGAGGUGUGCUGGAAAUAAUUCGUCCUUUUCCCCUUGGGAAUUGUCUACAGUUAGGCCUAGUCACAUCUUAUUGGGUUGAAUUUGGAAAAGGCUCCGUGGAGGAAAUAGCCUGUGAGAGCUCAAUAAGAAUGCCGGGAAUAAAGAAGGGGGUAUUCGGAACCAACAGAACUGAGUGGGCCAGAGCUCUGCUGCUCUCCACCCCUAGGUUUUGACAUUGCCUCGGGGCCUGUAAGCAUCUGUGUUUUUUUUCCCUUUCAAGAUGCCAUUUACAGACUUCGUUCUGGCCCUGAAAGACAAUCCCUACUUUGGGGCUGGAUUUGGGCUGGUAGGUGUGGGCACAGCUCUGGCUGUAGCCCGGAAAGGAGCCCAACUGGGUCUAGUGGCAUUCCGGCGCCAUUACAUGAUCACACUGGAAGUCCCUGCUAGAGACAGAAGCUAUGCCUGGUUGCUUAGCUGGCUUACCCGACACAGUACCCGCACUCAGCACCUCAGUGUUGAAACCUCAUACCUUCAGCAUGAAAGUGGCCGAAUCUCCACCAAGUUCGAAUUUAUCCCCAGCCCUGGAAACCACUUCAUUUGGUAUCAGGGGAAAUGGAUCCGGGUAGAACGAAAUCGAGAAAUGCAGAUGGUAGACUUACAGACGGGGACUCCUUGGGAAUCUGUCACCUUCACGGCCCUGGGCACUGACCGGAAGGUUUUCUUCAACAUCCUGGAAGAAGCUCGGGCACUAGCCCUGCAGCAGGAGGAGGGAAAGACGGUGAUGUACACAGCUGUGGGUUCUGAAUGGCGUACCUUUGGUUAUCCACGCCGCCGCAGGCCACUGGAUUCUGUAGUCCUACAGCAGGGCCUGGCUGACCGAAUUGUCAAAGAUAUCCGGGAAUUCAUUGAUAACCCCAAGUGGUACAUUGACAGAGGCAUUCCCUACAGACGUGGCUACCUUCUUUAUGGGCCCCCUGGUUGUGGAAAGAGCAGUUUUAUAACAGCUCUGGCUGGAGAACUGGAGCACAGCAUCUGCCUGCUCAGCCUCACAGACUCCAGCCUCUCCGAUGACCGGCUCAACCAUCUGCUGAGUGUAGCCCCCCAGCAGAGCUUGGUACUCCUGGAGGAUGUGGAUGCUGCUUUUCUCAGCCGAGACUUGGCUGUGGAGAACCCUGUGAAGUACCAAGGUCUCGGCCGUCUCACCUUCAGCGGACUGCUCAAUGCUUUGGAUGGUGUAGCCUCCACUGAGGCACGCAUCGUGUUCAUGACCACCAACCACAUCGACAGGCUGGAUCCUGCCCUGAUACGUCCUGGGCGAGUAGAUCUGAAGGAGUAUGUGGGCUACUGCUCACACUGGCAGCUGACCCAGAUGUUCCAGAGGUUCUAUCCAGGGCAAGCGCCUUCCUUGGCUGAGAACUUUGCAGAACAUGUCCUUAAAGCUACAUCCCAGAUUAGUCCUGCCCAGGUGCAAGGCUACUUCAUGCUGUAUAAAAAUGACCCCGUGGGGGCUCUUGAAAAUGUUGAAUCUCUGAGGUGAUCCACCAGACCACUAUCUGCUCUCAAAAAAAUCCAUUAAACAACUGUCAAACUAA